UUCGGUCACAUUCUUCCCUGUAGUCGCCCGAUAGAUCCGUAACGACUCGGAAGGUGUGUAGCUAGUAGUCCAGUCUAGGGUUAGUUAGGUUGUUUGUCGGGAACGACGCGUUAGUUAGUAGAUCAAGAGAGAGAGAAAAAAACGGUCGAACCGGUUAUGCUUAGAGAUAGACACUAGAUGUAUUCCGAUUUUAGUUUAGUAAAUCUUACCGGAUCUGAUAACGAAAACAACAAUGCAGCAGUUCUAGGUACUAGUAGUGAUAAACGGUGUCCAACAUAGGAAGGUAGCUACUACUAAAUUCACAGGUGGCGUCGUUGCCAAGAAUAAAUUGUUGUGUGGUUGGCCGGCGGACUUUCUGUGUGUCCCCGGGAUAGACGGAUUAGUUUAUUGGUUGGAGAGUGAAGAAACCGGAAUCGCGUUGAUUUAAAGGUGCUGCCGCGAGUUAAGUUCGUUACGUCACGUCACCUCGCUACGCCCACACAUACGGAAUGAUUCAAGUUCAGCAACUGCUGCUGCUGCCGUUGUUUCUGCGUAUCUAAGUUUAGUCUACUGUUUGUUUUCCUCAGUUUGCCGGAUUAGCUGCCCCAGUUGCCUGUUGACCGAUUGAAUAAAAGUGUAUUAAUUUGGUGCUGUACCGUAGUCGUGAUAAGAUUCAACAAGUCAAGUCAAUGGGAGCGAAAGUAAUGCACAGCAUCACGAUUGGCAUUGGCUCGGUCACUAUCAUCAGCAUCUUCGGAGCGUAAAGUACGAUUUGUGUUCAUUCUGAGCGUGAUUUUUUUUACUGUUUUAACCUCGAGUAAACCAACUAGUGUAGAAAAAAGAUUCUCCCCGUCUCGAAGAGUGUUUCGUUCGGGUUUUUAGGGUAGUAGUGAUUAAGUUCUAAGUGUGUUAAACCUACGAUUUCGAUAAUGCCACCUGCAGCGAGCACCGAAAAUCGAACCCGCGAUGGGCACGUUCUGGUAUGGGAGCAAGCCGGCAUCUCCGAAGAGGAACAACCGAAGAAAGGAUGCCGUUUCGGAACUCGUCACUAUGUGGUCUUCAUGCUGUUCCUCGGCAUGGCCAACGCCUACGUCAUGCGAACGAACAUGUCGGUGGCCAUCGUGGCAAUGGUGAAUCAGACGGCCCUCCACAAGGAGGACACUUUCGACGACGAGUGUCCGGAUAGGGAACUCCAGGCUGAGGAAGCCCACCAGGAUGGGGAGUUCAUGUGGACCACCAGUAUGCAGGGUUACAUCUUGUCGUCGUUCUUCUAUGGCUACGUGAUCACGCAGAUUCCGUUUGGAUUGCUGGCCAAAAAGUACGGUGCAAUGAGGUUCCUCGGAUGGGGAAUGUUGAUCAAUUCGGUGUUUGCUUUCCUGGUUCCGGUGGCUGCUCGUGAGGGCGGUGCCGUCUGGCUUAUCAUCAUCCGAUUUAUCCAGGGUCUCGGGGAAGGUCCGAUCGUGCCGUGUACCCAUGCCAUGUUGGCUAAAUGGAUUCCACCCAAUGAAAGAUCUCGCGUCGGCUCGAUUGUGUAUUCCGGUGCUCAAUUUGGAACGGUAAUUUCGAUGCCUCUGUCCGGACUGCUGGCAGAUCAUGGAUUCGACGGUGGCUGGCCAUCGAUUUUCUACGUUUUCGGAAUUAUCGGUACGGUUUGGUCCGUAGCUUUCCUCUUCACGUGUCACGAAGAUCCGAUCACACAUCCCACAAUCGAUAACGAAGAAAGGAAAUACAUCCAACAGGCGCUGUGGGGCAAGGCCGGUGUCAACAUUCCUCCGAUUCCGUGGAAAUCCAUUCUGACCAGUAUGCCAUUCUAUGCGAUCUUGUUGGCUCACUUGGGCCAGAACUAUGGCUACGAAACGCUGAUGACGGAACUGCCCACGUACAUGAAGCAGGUGCUGCGAUUCUCGAUCAAAGCCAACGGAACACUUUCGGCUUUGCCAUAUUUGGCCAUGUGGCUGUUCUCGAUUGUCGUAGGAUGGGUUGCGGAUUGGAUGUUGACUUCCGGUCGAUUCACACACACCAUCACCCGUAAGAUUUCCAACAGCAUCGGUCAGUAUGGUCCGGCCAUUGCGCUUAUCAUCGCUUCCUUCACCGGUUGCAACCGAGCCCUGACGGUGGCCAUUUUGACAAUUGGCGUCGGCCUCAACGGUGGCAUCUAUGCCGGCUUCAAAAUCAACCAUCUCGAUAUUACGCCACGGUACGCUGGCAUUCUGAUGGCCAUCACUAACUGCUCCGCUAAUCUGGCAGGUUUAUUGGCACCAAUUGCGGCUGGCAACAUCAUUGAAGGAAAGCCCACAAUUGCUCAAUGGAGGAUCGUUUUUGUGAUCGCGGCCGGUGUCUACAUUUUCACGGCCACCUUCUACAACAUCUUCGCAUCGGGUACCCGACAGCCGUGGGACAAUCCGGACAACGAUGAAAUCGAAAAGCCAGCCUCGAUAGAAGCACCUAGCCAGCAGGAGAACGGCCACAAUGGAGUCAGCAACGGAAACGGUGUGACGCAUCGGACGGCAGCGCAAUAGACAGACAAACUGACAGACAUAGAGCUGUGAUGUUAGGUCCCCCACUUCCUCCUAACGUCCUUUCCUCGUUGCUAGGGUAGGAUAUUUCUCUAACUCGGUCAAAAGACAAUAGACAUUAGUACCAAUCGAACCCACUUUCUUCAAGCUCACGAUUUUCCACUUUCACCACUUGUUCUCAACUUUCCUCAUAUUCGAUGCUUUAAAUCUUUGAUUGUAAACAAUUCUAGAUCAUCCUGUUUAUGAAAAAGGAUGUCAGCGAGUGAUUUUCUAGUUAAGUUGUAAAGAAAGGUAGAGUAAAAUUGUUUGUUAUAACGUUAUAGGAAACAAAAAACCCAUACAAGUGGGUUGUGAAAAUGGGUUGUGAUCCAAAGUUUACAAGAGUCUAUAAAAUAUGUUUUACAAAACUGCCCAAACGAUGAGGUCUAAUACUGCUGGACCAGAUGAUAGAUUGUGAAGCUUCCAGGGAUCGGUCGAGAGGCGAACAUCCAUUGCUUAGGGCCAGUCGCAUUCGCAAGACAAGACACAUCACUGCACAAACGAGAAACAAAUACGUAAAGGCUAGGGAAAACAAUAUCCGUUAUUCGUACAAAUUGUACUGCACGCGUACCAGCUGCAUCAUCAAGUUGAUGUUUUCUUUCCGUCAAAUAUUUAGAACUACGCAUGAUGUCUUCUUAUACAAUUUACUGUGUAUAUACAUAUACAAACCCUCAUACAAGCACACCAACACAAAAACACUCACACAAAAAAAACAAAUAGAAAUAUAUUUUUAUUUUGUAAAUAUUUAAACAGUCAAGCGACUAGUGUUAACAUCCGUCGUUCUCUUUUCGAGAUGAUAAUAAAAACAAUAAUAAUCAAACACUGAUAA